AUGGCUUCUGUUUUGCCAAAUAACAACUAUGCUUAUCAUAGCAACGACAAAGCCACGAUUAUCCUGAGCACGGAGAAAUACACCAUCAAAAAAGAGUUCAAUUUCUCCACAGGUACCUGCCUGAUCUACGCAGAGACAAUCGAACUUACCUCCGACAUCACUGCCCACGGCAAGAGCAUUGGUCUCUUUUGCCAUACACUCAAACUCUCAAGUCAUGUCACCAUUGAUGUCUCGGGCGAUAAAGGUAAGGCAGGCGACAAUCAUGUUGAUAAGGAUGGUGAACGGGGAGGAGACGGCAAAAAUGCUGGAAAUGUUUGGAUCUGCGUCCAAUCCCUUCCAAGAGAAAAUGCUUUCCAUAACCUGGAGAUCAAGGCGUAUGGAGGAGAUGGUGGCAGUGGUGGCGACAGCACUUCAUCUCAAGACGAUUCAAAAAAAACCAGAACUGGUGGAGCUGGCGGGAACGGUGGAAAUGCAGGUGACAUCGAAUUGCUGUUUGGAACAGCAGAUAUGGACGCUGCUCGUGCUCUGGUGAAAGUCCAAAAGCGACCGUGGCCGGAGCAGGCUUUGUGUCUGACAGAGCCAGUGCUGUCAGACAGUCUCCCUGGUUAUCUCUCAGAAGAGCAAAAACAGCCCCUUGAGCUUCUCAAGAGCCUUAGUGGUGUGAUUCAAUCCCUGGCCCGCCAGCUCGAGACCCUGUCGAGAGCAGGCGACAGCAAGGAGAUUCAAGCCAUUGCUUCUUCCCUCAUGCAGGAAGCGUAUACCAACCUCGCGCUAGAGAGUAAGGCACCGAAGAAUAUCACCAUUGAAACAGUCAAUUCCCUUCAAGUGGUACUAGACUCGAUUCGUUCUCUGAACCAAAAGACGCCAGACCUUGAUGCAACUCGAAUCCUUACCGAUGCCAAACAAACCAUCGGAACCGUCGUUCCUCGAGAGGAUUCUGAGAUGAUCUCUCUCAUGGAAGAUCUUGAGAAUCGGCUUCGUGAAAGUAUUUCAGACAUGGAGGGUUCUGCUUACGAAAUGGCCAAGUUGAACUAUAGAGGUGCCGGGGGCUUUGGUGGCAUUGGAUCCAAAAACGGUGCCAGCGGCAAAGAUGGACAGAAAAUUGGCCGCAGCCGUGCUAAAAACUUGCAUUUCGAAGGCACAAAGAGAGACGUUGAUGUCUUGCAAGCUUAUAUUUUCCCCGAACAUUGUCAAAUGCUUUUGAACAAGGCGGACGAUUUGUUCUUCAGCAGUAAUACCGAGAACUGGAAGAGCGCAUAUACUCUCUACAACACUUUACUCGACCGUCUCCAAGUGCUAGAUGGCUUCCAGGGCGGAGACUCAUCCGGUUUAUUCAAUGCCCUGAAAAACCUGGAAACUGAGCUUAAUGUAACAAACAAUCCCGUCGUGCAAUUAAAAUCAGUAUAUGAGCAGGCCAAUAGCCGACGCAAUCGGUUGCUGUUGGGCCAGGAUAUGUUUGGACACGUCGAUAGUUGGGUACCCCGCCUGUCAUUUAGUUUCUAUGCUCAGUCUGUUAAAGAGCGAUUCGGGGUGCUCGAAUCGGUAGAGGAUCUCACAGCAGCAUACGAAGAAGCCUUUCAGAAAGAAACCGACACUCAUACCAUGAUCAACCAAGGCAUUAGCAAGAUGGUGUAUGCCCAGAAAGAAGCCCAGGACAAGAUCGACCUUCUCACUUCCCCUAAUGGUCCGCUGGUCAGUGGCGUCCAUAAGAUCUCCUUUCUGACCAAGGAUAUGAAGGCGAAGCGGCAGCUACUCACGAAGAAGUUGGAAAACAUUCAGUUUACUCGAAAGGAUUUCGACUGGACCAUUAUUCUUGACGCUGGAUCUUUGCUUCUCUCGACUAGUCUGAGUCUGAAAUCUUUUCUCGAUGGGAUGAAAAAAGGCUACGAGAUAUAUCAAAAAGCAACGGAUGACUCAACGGCCAAGAACCUUGGAGGUGAUGCAGUGAAGAAAGAGUACAUCAUCGACCAGUUCUCACAAUGUUACGAAACGUUUGAGUCACUGGAAAAAGCCUUCAAGACUAGAAAAAACAAUCAGAUCGAGAUUGAUGACCCUGGGGCCUUGAAGAUUAUAGCUACCAAGGACGAUAUUAAGAAGAUUCUUCGCGAGUUCAAGAAUGCGAUUGUGGAGGAAAGCAGAAAGGCUAUAGAAAGCGCAUUGGAUGACUUUAUUACUGUUACUCUAGAUCGUAACAGCGCCGUUGUGGAAUACAACGCCUCCAUCCAGCUGCUGCUUGAAGCAAGCAAUAUUCUAGAAUAUAGCAAGAGUCAGGGCGAGUCACUGGGCCAGAGGAUGCACACCCUUGAUCCGAACACUCCAGCGAUUUUAUUCUGGCUACGCAAGACACGCGAUAACAUGCGACUAGAGCUCAUGCAGCGCUUGAACUACGAAAGCCGUGCUAUCAGAUUCUGGGGACUGAGAAAACAACUCGAGUAUUUCAGCCCAGGUCCCCUUCGUUCUGUAACAGAACUACGACAAGGUCAAUCAAAUCUGAAUGCGGCCUAUGAGAAUAGCCUCAACGGCUACGCUAAUAAUAUUCGCGUCACAUGGCCGCGUAAUGACAACGAGAAGGGCCUGUUUUACAUGUUGAGCAAUGCAGAGUUGGAAGCUUUCAAGCAGCGCCAGCUACUCACCACUUCCAAGGGUGACGAUGGAGUCUACAACGCAUCUAUCCGGUUGAACCCAGAUGUCAGGAUUAACCAGGUGCGCUUGUGGCUUCUCGGGGUCAAAGUGGAAGCCGACAUUGCCGGUCGUAAGCCACUGAUGGUGAAAAUUGCCCAUACCGGAAAUGAAACCUUGGAAAGCACCGAGGGACAGGGACUUGAGUUCUCCCAUGAUACCGUCAAUAUUCAAUUCGAAUACAAUACGGCCAAUGUCCACACGCCAGACGACUUUAGCACCAGUGUCGUGUUCGAUAGGCAAGGACUUGAGAAUGAUUGGAGUGGUGGUGACACUAAACCGACUGCAUCGACGUUUGCUGCGAUAGGACCCUUUACUGGGUGGCGUUUCUCUAUUCGCGAGUCAGAGAACGUCGGCUUAGAUAUGGGAUCAAUUACAGCUGCAUAUGUUGAAUUUCGGGGAGCCAAUCGGCCUUUCUCGGUGGAUUAUCAAAAGGCGUAA